GAUAAUUUCAACUCAAUGCAUUUAGAAAUUCCCAUGCAAAUUUAAGAAAAUCGACCGAUUGUGUGUGUUUUUGUGUUAUAUAAAUUAAAAUGGAUAACUUAAAGCAGUUUAAUGCCAUGGCGUCAGAUGACAAUAACUGGCGAACUCCAAGCUUUCGUCAAGGUGUGGUCACGAAAAUAGAAGAAGUCAUUCAGCGUUCGGGCAUGCAAGUUGCUAGAAACAGCAGUGAGAUGGAGAACCAUGUGUUUACGAAGGCCAAGACACGUGAGGAGUACAUGAAUAUGGUUGCGAAGCUCAUUUUGCAUGUCAGAGAGAUGUCUCAACCAAAACAAAACCAGGGUGCACCAAAUAUGCAGGGACCCAACCAAAAUCAAGCAGGGCCUAAUCCUCAAGUACAGAACCAGCCUGGCCAGUCCCAACAGGCCCCAAAUAACCAGUCUGGCUUGGCCCCAGAUCCCAUCAACGCCUUACAGAACUUAGCAUCUCAAGGAUCAAGGAACCAGAUGAUGAAUAUGGGGCCUCAAGGCCAGAUGCAGCCUCAAGGGGUUAUGGGACCUAACCCAGGGAUGGGAGGCAUGCAGCCCCAGAUGGGUCAACAAGGCCCCAUUGUAUCGCAAGGAGGCCCACAAGCCCAGACGGCCACGAAUUUAUUGCAAACAUUAACACAACGGCCUCAGAUGAAUAUGCAGCAACUUCAAAGCAAAAUGGGAGGAGGAAUGGGGAUGGUCCCAAAUCAGGGCCAAAUGGGAAACAACAUGAUCGGAGGCAUGGGUGGCAUGGGGAACCCCAUGGGAAGCCAACUACAGAACCAACUAGCUGGGCCUGGUAUGCAGGGCCAGAUUAUGCCCAACAUGUCCAUGCAAAACACCAUGUCAGUACCCAUGAGUGGCACAAACACCAUGGGACAACAAAUGGGACAGUGCAAUCAAGUGGUUGGCGGUAUGGGGGGACAGAUGGCGCCAAAUAACAUGCAGGGACAAAUGCCAGGACAAAUGGUAGGUGGUAUGGGCAACAACCAGAACGUGAAUCUAAACAUGCUACACAUGCAAGGGCGGGUGCAGAACAAGCCCGAAGUGGUGGGCGGCAUGCUGGUGGGCGGCUACCCGCAGGUUAGGGCGCCGCCGCCCAGCCAGUUCCUGAGGCGGAGUCCCUCGCCCUCCGCGCCCUCGCCCAACAUGGGCGGGCCUAGUCCUGUGGGAAUGGGCGUGAUGGGCGGUUCAGGCGUGGGCGUGGGCGGCGGCGGGCCGAUGCCGUCUCCUUUGUCGGGGCUGGGCGCGCUGGGCGCGUGUGGUGGCAGCCCUUCGCCCUCCGCGCCGCAGACGCAUCUGCAGCACCACGCGCCGCCGCAAAGAGGCGUAGGCAUGGGCAUGGUGGCGUCCCCUUCAUCUUCCCUAAACACACCCGUAGGGGCAGGUGUGGCCUCCCCUGGGGGGGAGGAAGCGGCUUACCGGGAGAAGGUCAGACAGCUGUCCAAAUACAUCGAGCCGUUGAGGAAGAUGAUACACCGGAUGGCUAGCGAGGGGGAGAACGUGGAGAAACUCACCAAAAUGAAGAACCUACUGGACAUCCUAUCGAACCCGAACAAGCGGAUGCCACUUGAAACCCUGAUCAAAUGCGAGGUGGUGCUAGAGAAACUUGAUUUCAAGCGUAGCGAGGGCGUCGUCGUGGGACUCCCGCCGGGGAAGGAGCAGAUCUUCAAUCCUCUGCUAGAAGUAGUGAACAACUGCCUGUCGUCGCCGCUGGCCAACCACACGCUCAAGCGUACCUUCGGCUCCACGUUAGACGCGCUCAACGGGCCCGAGAUCAGGAAUCUACCACCACCGCUCAAGACGCAAAAAUUAGAAGAGCCAGUCAUGGAUAUACCUGAUGUUCUUCAAGGAGAAAUCGCCAGGCUAGACUCCAGGUUUAAGGUGUCCCUAGACAACAUGCAGUUAUCAGGCGGCAUCGGCGCCAUAUCCCUGGUCGCGCAGUUAGACGACGCGCGUCUGCCGUGCGUGCCGCCGGUGCACGUGUCGGUGCCGCGCGACUACCCGCUGGCCGCGCCGUGCCGGCUGCGACUGCGCGGCGCGAAGCCCGACGCGCCCGACUCGUUCCUGGCGCGCGUGGAACGCGCGUGGGAGGCGCGCGUGGCCAGGUUACCGAAACAAUGCUCCGUGGGACAACUCCUCGACGCGUGGGAGAUGAGUGUGCGUCAAGCGAGCGCGCCCAGCCCUAUCACGUAUACGCCUGUGCCCGCGCUAGGACUUUAAGAAAUGACGCAGCGACAACCCUAGGUAAGGUCAGUAACCUUUGUUGCUGUGGAGUUCCAAUGGAGUUAGCGUAAAAUAGAAAUUGAUGUACGCUAAGCAUUGCAGCGUUAUGAAAUACUUAUGGGAAUACCGUAAAAGAAAAACAAAAGAAAAGUUCCGAGUGAGGACCUGGAAUAUGCUCAUUCGUCGAUCGUAUAAUGGUGUGUCCACACUGGGCGCUCGGACUCGCGCGGCAUGCUGGUCAUCCUGCUCACCCUGCUCUUGAGUGAGCAGGAUGUCGAGUUUGCCGCGCGAACCCGUUCAUCCAGUGUGGACGCACCAUAAACCUGUCAUAUCAGUCUCUGAAGACUGUUUAAAGUGUAUAAAAUUGGUAUACUAAAGUCCUAUUUUACUUUUGGCACCUUUAGCCCAGUAGAAACCAAUUUCCAAAAAAUGUGGACCAUUUUCAAAGGGCUAUAGCUUGCAAGAGAUGCAGUUGGUCGUAGUUUAUUGCUCUUCUUAUGGAAAACUCAUAAUUUUAUUACUUUUAGAACUAAACGUGGGAAAUUAUCCAAAAUACGAAUUUGGUUCAUGCAACAUACGAUAAUAACAGAUAUUCAUAAUGAGUUCCGAUUUUCAUGUAUGGAAAAUUAUUGUCAACACUAAAUAAGUGUGCAGUAAUUUCAUAACAAAAUUUUGAUCACCAUACCAGCCGGGCUAGGAUGCGCGCCGUGAUAUAAUCUUAUCGAUGUUUUUAGACGACAAACAUAUGAGAUUGUCGCGUAAAAUCGAUAAACAGGCGCGAGAAAAGUUUAUCGUGGCACGUAUCCUAGACCUACAGCCGUCUUAGGCCGUCGUAUCAUAGUGGCGGCAUUUAGGCCUUGUCUACGCCUCGUUUGCUGGGCGCUAAUAGUGGGUAUUGAAAGCGGGGUUCAGACUUGUGUAAAUGAUAUGUAACGAACGAACAUUACUUUUUAUGUUGUAAGAGCGAACAGAGACCUCAAAAUAAGUAACUGCAGAAUUCGCGCCGAAUCCACGUGAUUUGCGUUACAUAAGGCCCAGAACUGACGGUGAAACGCAACUGCAACGAACGAAAGUUUCAAACUGGUCGCGUCAUGUGUGGUCUCUCAACGGACGCUAUAGCAAAAACUUAGAUGCAACUCAAAAAAAGUAACUAGCAGUUGCAGUUUCGUUGCAGUUGCGUUUCACCCUCUGUUAUGGGCCUAAGUCUGAACCUCGCUUUAUGCAGCGAUUUUAGACUUUAUUUAUAGUGUUGACCAGACCUUGACGAGAUGUCAAAUAACAUUUUAAAAAUUAUUGCAAACGCAACAAUCGGUCAUUGAAGAAAUUAUAUGAUUUCACUUUUCGAGAAUGUAUUGGCGUGAAAAUUAUAAAAAUGUCACGUUUUCAAAGUGAAACUUAGAAAAAAUUGAGUUAGUGAAAAUGCAUGCGGUUUGUGAAUUAUAUUAUGAAGAUUAUUAGUAUUAAGCAUAUUAUUGUGAAGUAUUUUUUUAUGAUUUUAGGUAAGUAUGAAAAUAUUUUCAAGAUAUUUUUAAAUAUUUUAUGUAGUAAAAAUAAUAUGACUUCCAAGAUACAACGUAUUAUCUUGAUAUGUAUCCGAAGCGUUUGAGUGAGAAUAAUGAAUUAUCCGUCUUAUUUCUUCAAUUUAUGAUACAUUGCUUGAUUAUUUAAAAUUAAUUUAACUGUUUAAAACUGACUGGCCCUUCAUCUAUUUAUGUCAAGCGAUUUAAAUUGUGGCGUAUGCUAAGGGCAGCGUAGCGUGAUCGUAGCGCGAUUGUAGCGUAAUUAUAACAAAAUCAACGCGAUACCGCCUUGUCAUGAAAUCUCCGAUCAAAUCGCAACUGUGAAAAAGCUCUAAGGCAGCUUAAAUUAUAUACAGAAGCCACUGAAGUAUUGUGUAAUGUAUGUAUGUUAUCAGAACUGAAGAUUUCAUUGGGUUAUGUUUGUAUUUUAUAUUUUAUUUCCAAUGUUCCUAAAUGUUUUAUCUCCAUUAUGUAAUAAGGGAUCCUCUGAUGGUAUUGAUACGCGAUUUUAUUUCUUAUAUGUAUUAAGUUAAAAAUGUUUGCAGAUGUGAUAUUUGUCUGUGAUAAUUUAAAAAU